CCGCGCCAUCUCAUUACUUCUUUCGUCUGCUCCCCCCUUAAAUUUGCCCUCAAUCCCCCUCCCCCGAAAAAACACACACACACACACACACUUACUUUUGCGAUGCCGGUACAUUUGACGGCGAACGCAAUCUCGGCGAUUCACGCCGGAGAUUUGAACGCGAAACCUCUCGUUCAAGUCCUAGACAUUAAAGCCAGAACCAUCGCGAACCAGGAACGGUACCGUUUAGUGAUCUCCGAUGGCGAGUUGACUCAGGACGCAAUGAUCGCCACGCAGCUCAAUGACCGAGUCAAAACCGGACAAAUCGUUACAGGAUCUGUUGUUCAGUUGAUUGAUUAUGUCUGUAACAGUGUUCAUUCUCGCAAGAUUAUUGUUAUUCUUAACAUGGAAACAAUUAUACCCGAGUGUGAGAUAAUAGGGAACCCAAAGUUGAUUCCUGAACCUGAUGCAGCAGCUCAGAAAGCGGUGCCUAAUUUUACCUCUAAAAGCACAAUUCCAAGUACAAGAAAUAAUUAUUGCGGUCCUAGUGCUCCAAAUGGUAAUACACAGGGCUACCGUCCAACUGUUCAACCUUCAUACCAACCACCUCCAAAUUACAGGAACCAAGGGACAAUUAUGAAGAAUGAAGCCCCUGCACGCAUCAUUCCUAUCGCUGCUUUAAAUCCUUACCAGGGUCGAUGGGCAAUCAAAGCCAGAGUUACUGCUAAAGGAGAUCUUCGACGCUACAACAACGCAAAGGGGGAUGGUAAGGUCUUUUCUUUUGAUCUGCUUGACUCUGAUGGGGGAGAAAUACGUGUUACCUGCUUUAACGCUGUUGUCGACCGGUUUUAUGAUACCAUUGAGGCGGGGAAAGUGUAUGUGAUAUCAAAAGGUAGCUUGAAACCUGCACAAAAGAACUUUAACCACCUGAAAAAUGAAUGGGAGAUAUUUCUGGAGGCGACUUCAAUUGUGGAUCUUUGUCCCGAUGAAGAUGCUUCAAUACCACAACAGCAGUUUUCCUUCCGACCUAUUAGUGAAAUUGAAAAUGCUGAGAAUAAUUCUAUUUUGGAUGUUAUUGGUGUUGUGAUUACUGUGAAUCCUUCAGUGCCAAUCUUGAGAAAGAAUGGCAUGGAAACUCAGAGAAGAGUUCUGAAGUUGAAGGACCAAUCUGGGAUGAGUGUGGAAUUAACUCUAUGGGGUGAAUUUUGCAACAAGGAAGGUCAAAAGCUGCAAGAAAUGGUUGAUUCUGGCUUCUUUCCUGUUGUAGCAGUAAAGGCUGGAAAAGUUAAUGACUUUAGUGGCAAGUCCAUCGGAACUAUUUCUUCCAGCCAGCUCUUUAUAAAUCCAGAUUCUCCAGAAGCUAUGAACUUGAGACAGUGGUUUGAUCGGGGGGGAAAAGAUCUUGCUUCUCAGUCCAUAUCUAAAGACAUAGUGCCUGGAGUAUCAAGAAAUGAGAUACGUAAAACUCUCUCACAGAUUAAGGAUGAAGGUCUUGGUAGAUCAGAUAAGCCAGAUUGGGUCACAGUGAAAGCAUAUAUCACUUUUAUUAAGACUGACAAUUUCUGCUACACAGCUUGCCCGUUGAUGAUUGGGGACAGACAGUGUAAUAAGAAAGUGACUAGAUCAGGCUCGAGAUGGCAAUGUGACAGAUGUAAUCAAGAAUUUGAUGAGUGUGAUUACCGAUACCUUCUCCAGCUCCAAGUUCAGGACCACUCUGGGUUAACAUGGAUGACUGCUUUCCAGGAAUCUGGUGAAGAGAUUGUAGGCUGUUCAGCGAAGGAGUUGUACUUGCUAAAGCAUGAACAGCAGGAUGAUGAGCGCUUUGCACAAAAUCUGUUGAAGGGUCUUUUUACACAAUUCCUACUGAAGCUCAAAAUCAAGGAAGAGUUGUAUGGUGACGAACAGAGGCUGAAAGUAACCAUUGUUAAAGCAGAGAAGGUCAAUCAUGUUGCUGAAACUAGAUACCUUCUUGAUUUGAUUCCAAAAUCUCGCUGAAUUCAUUUACCAAUAUUAGUAGCUUUCAUCUGAUUAGAAGUCAUUCAACAAAUGAUGAGGUUUCAUUACAACAUUAUGAUUUAUAUGCUAUAUAUUGAGUUGUCUUUAGACAGAAUUUGAACACUGUCCACUUUAUUAAUAUUGGUCUGACUUGUAAUUUUGAUCAAAGUUCAAUUGCAGCCAUUGGCUUUGUUAUAAGCUAUGCUAUUUUUCA